GAUGUCAACGGUGAUUACAGCUGUUGUGAGCUGUUGUAAUGAGCUGUACAAGCUGAUCGCAACAGAUGCACGAUAUUAGAGAAGUUAUUUUUAAUUAUAAAUUUUUAAGGUUCUUAUGACUUUGUAAAUUGUUUUACUAUAUGGCUUUCUGAAUUUCUUGUACAUACGAUUAAAUAACACUGCGACAAUGUCGGCGACCAAGAGACUGGUGACUGAGAAACAGAGGCUCAAGAAGAUGAGGUGAAGCAUUUCCUUCAGUCUAUCGAAUUUUUCUUUAAGCAAAGCGCAAAUGCAGCUAGCUAUAAUAAAAAAGAAACAAUGUGAUGCGAUAGCGCUUAAAAUAGUCGAGCAACUUCUGGAAUCUCAUGUGAAUCCUGACUGGCUCCUUCAAAAUUUGGGAUUCAUAAGCAAGAAUCACAUGGAAGAUGUGAUUGAGGAGAGAGCGAUAAUAAAGUUAUGUGGAUAUGUUCUUUGCUCGAAUCAAUUGACUGUUAUUAUCCACCAGCAAUAUCAUAUUUCAACACGCAAGAAUAAAGUGUACGAUAUCAGCAGACGGAAGAAUUUCUGUAGCUCAUCGUGUUACGGGGCGGCUAAUUAUCUUCUCGAACAAAUGCUCGAGAGUCCGCUGUGGCUGAGAAAAAAGGAGGAUAUACCGAUCUUUCAAAUCCUACCUCUAAAUUCUAAAUCUACACAGUGUGGAGACGAAAUAGACGUUGUCGGGAUUAAGUUUUCGCAAAAUAUAGAUGCUGACAAUAAUGACGACAAAACAAAAUCCGCAGAACGCAGUGCGACCAAGAAGACGGAAAAAGCGACAAAUAUUGUAUCAAGCUUUGAAAAAGAAAUUAGCAAUUUCCACUUAUUGAACGAUACAACUGCUGCGAAAGUUGGAAAAGUAGAAGAGAUCUCUGUAGAUACCAUUUUGCAAAGAUCGCUCAAUUGUGAGACACAUCCAUUAGAACCGUCUGCGAAUCAAGAAAAUAAAAAUUAUGAUUCUAAAGAAUUGACAAACCAUGAAAAUAACUGUGAUAAUAAUAUUCAGCAAGUAGAUGUAAAUCUAGAGAAUUUAGAAAUAGAAAUCGCUGGCCAGUCUGAGAAUAUUUUACACUUGCAUAAACAUAACAGGGAUGCAAUAGAAAAAAAUAAUGUGGAUACAUGUGAUAAUAAUGAGACGCUUCAAUUGAAUGAAAUAAGUAACAAUCGAAACGACACUAACAAAAAGCUAGAAUCUCAAUCACUCAAAAUAAAUGACAACAAGAAUGAUGAAAAAAGAUUGCAGUCUCAGUUGGAUGAAAUAAAUAAUAGUCCUACAGAUGAAAAAGUGAUACAGUUUCAAUUGGAUGAAAUGCAUAGUAGUAAUAAUGAUGUGAUUUCUUCUGAGUCUACGUACAAUGAAUGUAGAAAAGUAGAAAAAGCAAAUGGAAUUAAUAGAAAUAAAAAAUGCAAACUGAAAAAAACUGACAAUGCAGAUGCACAAAAUAUUUAUCACAAACUUGCAAUGCAUGUUGAACAGAAUGUUAGAGAAUGGAUCACAAAAAAUACUCUUUGCCUUCUAACAGGCGAGGCAGAUGAAAAAAAUCAAUUAUUAGAGAAACUUUCGCAGCAAGAUAAAUAUCAGCAAUUGUGUAAAAAGUUAAAUAAAUUGCAAUUGGAAGAUGAAAAGGAAGAUCGUAUAGAUUUGGAAAGAAACAAGCUUAAACCUUUACCUCACUUCUCUGUGCUCCAAGAGGACGGAAAGAAAAUGAACUUAAAGGUACGUGCGUUUUACGAAGGACGAAUGACGUUUACAUCACCUGAGGAGAGUAGUAACAAAGAGUCAGAAAGUAAUGAUAACGACGAGCCUGUAUUACCGUUAAUAGACGCUCAUGCGCCCAAUGCACUUCGUCGUCGAAUUUUCUCAGACAAGCUUAACAAAAUAUUGCCAGAUUUGAUGUAUGCUUUAACAACUAAUGGAAAUAUUUCUUCACUGGCACAAUAUACUUAUAAUAACGAGAGGUAUUCGAUAAUCAAGCUGUUGAUCAGCACGUUUAAUUUAUCUGCUACAAACAUUGUCUUUAAAACUGUCGAAUGGACACUCGUAGGACUUGUCGUCAUUAAAAUGUUGAGCUGCAUUGACACGCAGUUGCAAUCGUUGUUCCAAUCUAGGCAAGCUUCAAUGUACACAUCUAUGAUUCUCACAACAUACAAAUUAGAUUCCAAUUAUUUGGACAGACUUAUCAUGGAAAUAACGAACAAUGUAGACGUAUCCGAGUCAAGUGAUAAAUGCUAAACUGUGUAAUAUGUAUAAAUAUUAAAAUUAGUCUUACAAUUUUUAUUUUAUUAUAUUUAAUUUGACGUAAAAUAUAUUUUUGAAAAUAUAAUAUUCUGUAUAA